AUGAAUGCCCUAAAAUAUUUCUCAAAUCAUUUAAUAACUACAAAGAAACAAAAAAAAAUCGAUGUUGAGGUGACAAAGAAUCAGGAUGUACUCAAUACUUCAAAGGAAGCUUCGAACUCAUAUGCUGGUCACAUUGAGAAUGAUUGCGUUAUUGAAGUGAACCAACAGUACGAUCACUCCUCAGACCACUUUAAAGAAUCUAACCAAAAUGAAGAGGGUAAACAGUCUGUUCCUACAAAGCCAAAGGCGUUAUAUUCCGUCCUGAAAGAGAGAAUAGCGUCAAUAUUGUGGGCACUACUGCUUUUUCUUCCGUAUUAUCUGAUAAUCAAGCCUUUGAUGUCUUUAUGGUUUGUUUUUACCUUCCCACUAAAUGUCAUCGAGCGUCGUGUAAAACAUGCCGAUAAGAAGAACAGGGUUUCGAGUGAUAAUGAGAAUGAAUCGUCUACAAGUUUAAGUAAUAUUAGCGAUUCUCGCGAGAAAGUAAAUCCUAAAAAUAGCAAUCUUAAUACGAUCCCAGAGGCUGUGGAUGAUGACUUAAAUGCCAGUGAUGAAAUAAUUCUGCAAAGAGAUAAUGUCAAAGGCUCAUUACUAAGAGCCCAGUCAGUCAAAUCAAGGCAAAGAAGUUAUUCCAAAUCGGAACUAUCACUUACUAAUCACUCAAGUGCUAAUACCGUAUUUGGUACAAAACGAAUGGGAAGGUUCUUAUUUCCAAAGAAGCUGAUACCUAAAUCAGUACUAAAUACGCAAAAGAAGAAGAAAUUGGUCAUAGAUCUCGAUGAAACCCUAAUUCAUUCAGCUUCCCGAAGUACAACACAUAGUAACUCUUCUCAGGGUCACUUGGUGGAAGUAAAGUUUGGAUUAAGCGGAAUCCGGACGCUAUAUUUUAUUCACAAGAGACCCUAUUGUGAUUUAUUUCUAACAAAAGUUAGCAAGUGGUACGACCUUAUCAUUUUUACAGCUUCCAUGAAAGAAUAUGCUGAUCCUGUGAUAGAUUGGUUAGAAGGCUCCUUCCCAUCCAGUUUUUCAAAGAGAUAUUACCGUUCUGAUUGCGUUCUAAGGGAUGGCGUUGGCUACAUUAAGGAUCUGAGCAUCGUCAAGGACUCUGAAGAAAAUGGGAAAGGCAGUUCCUCCUCUUCUUUGGAUGAUGUCAUUAUUAUAGACAAUAGCCCAGUAAGUUACGCGAUGAAUGUAGAUAACGCCAUUCAAGUGGAAGGUUGGAUAAGUGAUCCGACAGAUACAGACCUACUGAACCUAUUACCUUUCUUGGAGGCGAUGAGAUAUUCGACAGAUGUCAGGAAUAUACUGGCAUUGAAACAUGGAGAAAAGGCAUUCAAUAUAAACUGA